AUGGUUCUCCCACUGAUAAUAGGGACUGGGAUCGCCUUGCUGGGCGUGGGUACCCAAACGGGACUCAGAGCUUGGAAGCUGUACAAGACGCUGACGCCGCUCGCCAUAGCGCACUUGAACGGCGUGCGCAUUCAGCAGGAAAAGCUGGACUUGCUCAGGCACGACGGGAGGUUCCGUAGUAGCAUGCUGAACCCGCUCUUGCGCAAGAGGCUGGAGCAGUACUAUGGUGGGUUCCACCACACGAUGAGCGAGCCAGAGGCGUUGCUGGUCUUGAACAUCUCGUCAGACGAGAUCAAACGGCUUGAUCAGAAAUUGCUCAAAUUGAAGCACCGGAAAGCUGUGUUGCACAAUCACCCAGACAAAGGUGGUAGUCCGUACAUGGCUGCCAAGAUUAACGAAGCGAGGGAUCUCAUAGAGCGUAGCGUGCUUUUGAAAAGAAACUGA